UACAUACUUAAAUAUCUGCAGGAAGACCAUGGUCAACCACUGUUUGGUGUUCAAUUCAAUCCUUAUUUAAAGGAUGGACAAAAUAUUUUUGCUACUGUCGGUAGCAAUAGGGUUACCAUCUAUGAAUGUAUUGAAGAAAAUUUUAAAUUAAUACAAGCAUAUGCAGAUCCUGAUACUGAUGAAAAUUUCUACACAUGUGCAUGGUCAUAUGAUGAUGUCAGUGGACAUCCACUUUUAGCUGCUGCUGGAACUAGAGGUGUUAUACGUAUUAUUGGACCAGCAGUGCAAAAGACUAUUAAACAUUACAUUGGCCAUGGAAAUGCAAUAAAUGAGCUGAAAUUCCAUCCUUUUGAUUGCAACCUUCUGCUUUCUGUCAGCAAAGAUCAUGCUUUGCGUUUGUGGAACAUAAAGACAGAUCAAUGCAUAGCCAUUUUUGGUGGUGUAGAAGGUCAUAGAGAUGAAGUUUUAAGUGCAGACUUUGAUCUUCUUGGGCAAAAAAUUGUAUCUUGUGGAAUGGACCAUUCCUUAAAAAUAUGGGAAAUAAAUGAAGAAAAGGUCAGAGUUGCAAUAAGGGAAUCUUAUGAUUACAAUCCCACAAAAACAAACAAACCUUUUAAUACUCUAAAACAGCAUUUUCCUAUUUUUACCACCCGUGAUAUUCACAUGAAUUAUGUCGACUGUGUGAGAUGGAUGGGUAAUCUUGUACUUUCAAAGUCAUGUGAAAAUUGUAUUAUUUGCUGGAAACCCGGUCAGCUUGAUCAGCAAGAAAUCUCUACCACAGAUAAUUCUGUCACCGUUCUGCAACGCUAUGAGUUCAAAGAAUGUGAAAUAUGGUUUAUGAGAUUUUCUCUAGAUUCUGAGCAAAAGAUUUUAGCUCUUGGAAAUCAAGUUGGACGAGCAUAUGUAUGGGACUUGGAUGUUGAUGAUCCCGGCACUGCUAGAUGCACAGUUCUCACCCAUCCCAAAUGCAACAGCCCGAUUCGUCAGACAAGUCUGAAUAAAGAUGGUUCUAUAUUAUUAUGUGUUUGUGAUGAUGGUACUGUAUGGCGAUGGGACAGAAUAAGUAAAGCAUAAGUCUGCCUUUGUAAAUAUGCUGAAUUUGUAUACUUAAUAAAUUUUUAUACACUAUAAA